AUGUUUUCUGAAAGCGACGCCUGGUCCUAUUUAAUAUUAGCAGGGGGCUUCCUUCCCAUAUUGAAAUUCUUGUGGGACGAAUAUUCAUUGGCAAAGUCGAAACAACGGUUUGCUGAUAAAGUACAUUUCACAUGGAGUGAGCAAGUGGAAUAUCGAUUGGAUUACCACCUUUCCUCGAGUCAAUUGGCAAAACCUGGGUUGCUGAUGGGAUUCACAUUUCUUUUGAUUGUGUUUGGAAGUCUUUUGUUGACAAUAGUCGAUGAUGUACCCGUCUCUGUGUCUGCUUGGUUGGCAUGGACCUAUGUCGCUGAUCCAGGAACACACGCAGAUGCAGAAGGCUUGGGUCAUCGCUUAGUUUCCUUUGUUAUUACAAUUGGGGGUAUGCUUGUCUUUGCAUUGUUGAUUGGCAUUAUUUCGGAAGUAAUCGGAGAGAAGGUGGAUCAUCUCAAAGAAGGCAAGGCACGAGUGUUGGAAGCGGAUCAUACUCUCAUUCUGGGAUGGUCCGACAAGGCACUUGCCAUUGUUCAGGAGAUUGCCUAUGCGAAUGAGAGUGAAGGCGGGGGAAUCAUUGUCAUUCUUGCGGAAGAACCAAAGGAGGAAUUGGAAGAAAUACUAGCUACGGCCGUGGAAGCUCGCGAGCACGGUCUCAAAUUGCUCGGAUCCAAAGUUAUCUUCCGAUCGGGAAAUCCUCGCACAGAAAAAGCACUCCAUCAAGUUAGUGCUUCCACUGCUAGAUCCAUCAUUGCGUUGUCGCAAGACGAUCUAGAUCCCGACGAGGCGGACUCAAGAAUGAUUCGACAAGUUCUAGCACUAAAGGCUCUUCAGGAGCUUCAGUGCCACGUAGUCGUCGAAAUGCAGGACGUGGACAAUCAAAAUUUAGUUUCCUUGAUUGCUCCCAAUAUUUCCGAAGUCGUGGUAGCACACGAUGUGAUUGGAAGACUCAUGAUUCAAUGCUCUCGCUCACCUGGACUUGCGAAUGUCAUUGAAGAGUUGAUUGGAUUUCAAGGAUCCGAAUUUUACUUUGAUGAGUGGCCAGAACUUGUGGGGAAGUCUUUCUUUGAGUUGACAUGUCGCUUUGAUGAUGCCAUUCCAGCCGGUGUCAAGACCUCGAAAGGUAAUAUCAUUGUCAACCCCAAAAGUGAUUACAUUCUAAAGAAGGGAGACAAGCUCCUGUGUUUGGCAGAAGACAAUGACUCGUAUGAGGUCAACGAUGGGUCCUUUCCAAUCCACGAAAGCAAAAAGUUCAGUGGCACUCCGUCACCCACCCAAAAGGAGAAAAUGUUGUUUUGCGGAUGGCGUAGAGACAUGGCAGAUAUGAUCAAACAAUUGGACGAGUACGUGCAAGAAGGAAGUGAACUGUGGUUGUUCAACGCAGUUCCGACGAAAGAACGACGAGAGCUCUUCUUGGACAAGGGUAACAAGGAGGAGCUGACAACAGACAAUCUCACUAUAAAACAUGUUGUUGGGAAUCCAAUUGUUCGAAGGGAUCUAUUGCGGUUGCAAGCGGCAGAUGAAAAUGGAUCUACGGGAGAAGUGGCAUUUCUAGAUGGAUUUGAUUCGCUGUUGAUCCUAGCAGAUGUUCAGAACGGCACCGAUAUGCAGAGUUCCGAUAGUCGCUCGUUAUCAAGUGUUUUGAUCAUUCAAGAUGUACAGAAGCAACUGCACGAGAAGCACAAGAAGGAAGGAAAGUCGACCAGACCGCUUUGUUCUCCAAUCAGCGAGAUCCUCGACACCCGAACACGCAGUUUGCUGUCCGUGGCAAACUGCACAAGCUACGUCAUGUCCAAUCAGAUUAUCAGUUCCUUGAUUGCCCAAGUAGCGGAAGAGAGAGACCUGAAUUUCGUCUUGUCGCACUUGCUCUGUGCAGAAGGAAGCGAGAUAUAUCUUCGAAAAGCCACCUGCUACAUGGAUUUCAAAAAGGAUGACAGAGAAUCCUUUUGGAACAUUGCGGUGCGAGCACGAUGUAUGGGACAAGUCGCUUUGGGCUUUAAGCGAAAAGAGGAUGGCUUUAAGGUUAUCCUAAACCCACCGGAUAAAGCUGACAAACAGAUUUGGUCUCGCGAAGAUCAAAUCAUCGUCAUGGCUUUGGAUUAA